AAAGACUCCGCGACGAAGUUAAUGACUUUCUCAGAAAUGAUAAUAGAUCAUCUUAUCUCAAAAUGACGUAUGAGAAAGUCUUAUUUCUGGUAGUGUUUACUGGAAAGAAAAAAUACUACGGCAUUCCGCAUACAAGCAAGUCCAACUUUAAUAAUAAGCUUUUUAUUCGGGGAGUUGAGAUUGUAAAACGAGGAAGUCAAGCCUUUUUCGCAAAGUAG